GCUGCACCUUGGACAUAGCCCAAACAAUGCUGCAAUUCUAAAACAUAACACUUUUUGGAAGGAACUGCAUUUGCAUACCUCUUCGCACAAGAGUUUCUCGUGUUGUAACUGCAACAUAUUCAUUUCCUGAACUUCUCUUGUUUAAAGAGAAUUUAUCUGCAGUGAUAAUGGGUACAACGAUGAGUUCUAUCGGACUUGCUAACAAGCCACCCGCCUUACCACCAGCAAAACAACGUAAUAAUAAUAAGGCCGUAUGUUUACAACAAACACCGCCCGACUACAAGUUUGAACACUUCAUGAAACUUUGUCAAAAUAUACAAGACGAGAAGAAAAAACUACAGGUUCAAAUACGAAUGGAGGUUCUAAACUGGCGGAAACGAGCUCAAAAUGGCGACGACGUAGACGAGUGUAGAGAGAGUAUCUUGAACAUGUUGAGCAGAUUUCGCGGUGCACAAGAAAAACAAGACCAUCUCAUUGAAAAAGAGAAACUUCGUCUUGACGCUUUUAGAAACUGUAUAAACGAAGAUACGACGAACAGAAUCAAGAAUAGAUUAACGUUUUUUUGUCGACUUAAUCGKCAACACGAGGCGCUUCUUGAACUCGUGCGACAAGACGUACAAGAUUGCAAGAAUAUAUGUAGAAGAUAUCAAGAUACACAACAAUCACAACCCAGUCAAUCUAAAGGUUUUGAGACGUGGAUUAAGUGUCCUCGGACACCAGCAUACGACUAUGGUAGCAUAGGAAGCUUAUAACAAGYAUCUUCUUAUUUAGAAGCCAUUAUAACAACGUUAACUUACAAAAUGCAGCGCGAAAAUAGUCUUACACGACGUCAAUGAUCUAAACUGACGUCUUACUUAUGACGUAAUAUUCUUUAUGGCGUAUAGUAUUCGAAAACAAUUGACGUCAUCUAUAUCUAUGUAUAUUCUAUAAUGACGUCUUGUAUUUUUGAGCAUGACGUAAAGAAGAUCGACAUGUUGUCGUCAUUCAUGUUAUAUCAUGACGUUAUUUAUGAGCAUUUUUGGUGUCUUCAUGAGUCGUUGUGACGUAAAAGGUACUUUUAUUGACGUCAUUAUGUAAAAACUAGGAAUUUUUUUCUCUUAAAUUAAUUUGCGGGGUAUUUCUUUAUGAUUCGAGACAAUUAUAAUUGCUGGUAUCGGCCUGACCUAUUGCUAUAGUUAGAUUAUCUAACCAAUUGUUUAUGCAUCAAAUAAAUUCUUAUAAAACUCUCUUCAA